GAGCCUGCGGUGUGACGCCUGCGCAGUAGCGGCGCUCGCGCUGUGGCGGCCGCUCCUGAUUAGCGGAGCGUAAUAACCGUGAUGCCCUCGCACUCGGUUUCCUCCCAGUCAUCCCCGUGGGCGCCGGGACUCCGGUACGACUCUCCCAGGCACGAGAAGGCGUUCCAAAAGUGGACCCGAGAAGAGCCCUAGUUUACCCUGGCUUCCUUCCGCCUCCGUUUCCUAGCAACCGUCUCCUAGCAACCGUCUCCUAGCAACCGUGCCGUCCACAACGCGAGGAUCCCUGGGAAGGAGAGUGCUUUGUUUUCUUCCCGAGGGAGGGCUGCUGAAAAGACCCGAGGGGGAUUCAGUGAGACGGAACUUCGUUUCCUUGAUGCGAGCGGGGGAAACGCCGUGAGGACUGGGACGCCGGGUAGAGCCAGCGCUGCGGCAGUCGGAGGCUAUGGACCCGACGAGCUCUUCCGAGAGCAUCUAUAACCUCAUUCCCAGCAACCUGAAGGAGCCGCCCCGGCCUCCUAGGUACACAUCAGUGUUCAGAGCAACUGUAAAAGAUGACAUGAAGAAAUUUAAAACUGCAAUGAAAACUAUGGGGCCUGCAAAAGUUGACACGCCCUCCCCGAAGGACUUCCUGAAGAAACACUCGAAGGAAAAAACCCUUCCACCCAAAAAAAAGUUUAAUAGAUGCUUUCCCAAGAAGCCACCAGUGCCCUUAAGAACAGACCAUCCAGUCAUGGGAAUACAGAGUGGAAAAAACUUCAUAAAUACAAAUGCAUCUGACGUCAUCAUGGGAGUGGCCAAAAAGCCGAAGCCAAUUUAUGUUGACAAGAGAACUGGAGAUAAGCAUGAUCUGGAGGCAUCAGGCCUGCUCCCAAAGUACAUCAAUAAAAAGGAUUAUGGUGUCACACCUGAGUACAUAUGUAAGCGAAAUGAGGAUGUAAGGAAAGCCCAGGAAGAAUAUGAUAAUUAUAUUCAGGAGAACCUUAAGAAAGCAGCUAUGAAGAGACUAUCUGAUGAGGAAAGGGAGGCCGUUUUGCAGGGGCUGAAAAAGAACUGGGAGGAGGUGCACAGAGAGUUCCAGUCCCUCUCAGUCUUCAUAGACUCCAUACCCAAAAAGAUCCACAAGCAGAGGCUGGAGGAGGAGAUGAAGCAGCUGGAGCAUGACAUUGGUGUCCUGGAGAAGCACAAAGUCAUCUACAUAGCCAACAAAUAAAUGGUGCAGAGAGCUCAGUGGAGAGGAGACCGGACAGCCUGGUGACCGACCUGCUUUCAGAGAGGACUGUGAAGAGAAUAAAUGCACUGGGCAGUUCUUAAAGAAUAACUGGAUUAUUCAUUGUAUAAGAAGAGGCUUUUUUUAAACCAGUGUCACAUUUUUACAUGUAAACAGAUCGUUAACGUUUGAAGCUGUGUCCUGGGCUUUUAUGGUGUGAUGUAAAUCAUUAUUAUUCUGUACUUGUUUCACACGCAGUAAUUUCUGGACCUUGAAAAAUAUAAUCAGUACUUAGAACUUCAUUCUUUUUCUGCACCAAUACAAAGAGCACAGUUAAAAAAAAAACUUUUCUUUAAAAGUUUUUUAUUUAUUUAAUGUGUAUGAGUGUUUUGCCUACAUGUAUGUAGGUGUACCACAUGUGUUUAAUGUCCUCAGAGGCCAGAAGAGGGGGUCAGAUCCCCCAGAACUAGAGUUAUAGACAAUUGUGAGCCACCAUGUGGGUGCUGGGAACUGAACCCAGGUCUUCUGCAAGAGCAGCCAGUGCUCUUAAUCACUGAGCCAUCUCUUCAGUCCCCAAAACUAAGUCUUCAUUCAGAAAUAAGCAUGUAAUUCCUAUAUGUUGUUUCCAAAUUCCAGAGAUUUGAAACAUAUAUUCUUAGAUGCCUUGUUUUAUUUGUAGUUAUUCCCAACUAUAAAUAUCUUCAGUGUUCAUAACAGUACAUGAUGAGAGGCUUAUAUUUAAAGGAAGAAAAGUUGACAGUUUUAUGAAAGGUGCUAGUAGGCAUGUUACCUGCCUGACAGACUAGCUUUAAGGCCAGGCAUGUAGUUCAGCAAUGGAGUGCUUAAAAAGUUUGUACGGGGACCUGGCAUUGAUUCCCAACACAGCCCAAAAAGGGGAAAAGAUUAACACGAACAAAACAAAACCUAAAGUUCCAAUAUACAUAGCUAAAGAACUUCACCACUCUGCUUUACUCCGUAACUCACUGCGACUAUUUCACUAAACUCAGGUUUGUUACCUUUUGGAUCCUAUGUACCAAUUUUAUGAGUUCUAAAGUUACUUUUUGUAAGAUAAUAUAACAAGCAAUAGAUUUAUGUAAGUAGAGAGGUCUUCAACUCAAGAAAGCCAUCUAUACAUAUCAAAGAAAAGACUUUUCAUGAAAUUU